AAUUAUUAGAAUAAUCAACUAUGAAGUAAUUUGGGGGUAUUGAGGUAGAGCUACAAACUGGCACUCGUUUCUCUCUGGUCCUGUCUAGUUAAACUUUUACUGCCCCCUGUGUUUUGAAAAUGAGUCCACUUCCAUAGCAACCUGGGCUGUGUCUAAUUUCACUCAGAGGUUUGUGGUGGCCGAACACACUUCAAAAGUGACUGCUCUGCUUGACUUUUUGGACAGACAGUUUGAAAAUACUGCAUAUGCACCAGUAGUUUUUAGGUGAACAAUGUGUGGAGUCAUUUCAACAGACUUUCCCCAUCUUACUGCUGGCAAUUUUGAAAGCUCUCUGGCCUCUGAUGAUGUGCUGACUCACUUCUUCAAUGAUUUCUUAAGUCUGCCGUCCUUCCCAGAGGCUCUACUGUACAAUCAGGAGACUGGGCUGUUUGAGGUGGUGAAUGGAGCAGCUCAGUUUGUCUCCAGUAGAAUCAGAUCAGUCCUACAACAUUGCAAAUCACAACUUCUUACUGGUGACCCGACGGCACCAUCCAGAACCUCUCCAGUGGACAAUGAUUACACAGUCUGUUGCCUCGACAGAGAGCAAGGAAUCCAGUGGAUCAAAAGAGAAAGACUGCCUUUUUUCCUUCAAAGUGAUUGCUACUAUGAAUACAGACUAGCCAAAAUCCUGCUUCAGUGGGACCCAAAAUUCUGUAUCCACAGAAGAAGCAGUUCAAGUCGAACCACUCUUUCAGCCCCACAACUGCGAUGUUUCUCCGAAUUUAACAAAGAAAAUAAUGACGCACUGAAGGCCGUGAGGUGGUCACAUAGUGAAAAGAACAUUUCAGCAAAACGAGGUUCUGUGAGCACGAGUAAAGUUACAUAUCUGUCCUCUGGCCAGAAGGAGGAUAUCAACACAAGAAGCAGCACAUCAUCUAGUUGCUACUCCAGUUGUUCUCAGCUAGAAAACCCUUGUACCCAUUCCUCUUGGUCCUCAUCCGGUUCCACUUUCUCUCACCUUAAAUGUGAGGAAACUCAGGAACUCCCAAGUUUACAAGCAGAACUGGGUCUCUGCUGCACAGGGCCGUCAGCUGGUGUUAGAGAAAAGAUACACCUCAAACAACCCAGUAGCCAGAUAUUUAACUCUGCUGAACAACAACUGGAGUUCCUGGCUGCCACAGUGGUGAAACUGGUACUUGAAAAUGCAAUGAAUGUGAUGAAUAGUCAGAGCCAGGAAAACACCUCUGAGUGUCUCAGCAAGUCAGGACACCAGACACAUUGUACCAACACAGACAAACCCUGUGAAUGUAAAGUUUAUCAGCAUUCAGCGGAUCAGGACAGAGAAAGACUGGAAGAGAAGGUGGGGAAGGUUCAACAUGACGCAAGGGGGAGUGAAUGGGAAGAAAAGACAGAUUGGGAAAAGAAGAAUAGGGAGGUGGAGAGUAGAGGCGCAUACCAACAAAAUGUCCUUGAUAUUUGUUGCCAUGAUACCUGUUGCUAUGGCAAUAGGCCAGGCUUGGAUGAGUUCAAAGAGUUUUUGCGAGGAACACCAGGAGAGAAGAUACUUAAUCUAUGGCUGGAUAUAGAGAGACUUAAAGCUACACAGCACAGAGAGAGGAAGAACAGGUAUUUGGUCCUAAUGAGGAGCUGGUACCUGUUGAGCAGCAGUCAGAGCUGUCUAAAUGUGGGGCUGCUCUCCAGACUGGGCCUGACUACCUCCCCCUGCUGGACAGAGGAGAAACUGUGCUCAGUUCAGCCCUGCCUCACUGAGUCUCUGCUCAACUACUGGGCUCCUCGGUUCUGGACUUCCCACUUUUUUCGGGCAGACUGUAAUGACUCUUCUCACAUUGGGCCGUGGGCAGAGAGGUGUCACAGGCCUCUAUCAAGCAUACAGCCCUGCGAUGCCUCUUUGAUUUGGCCUCUCCCAUGCCCUGACACCUACUUGCCUCGACUCUCCCAUACUGUGCAUAAAGAGUCAUUUAGCAGAGGUCACUUGUUACAUAACAGAAGAAUGGAGAAGAUGUUACAGGCUCUUUAUGCUGACUCCCGUGCUGGUUUAUACUUCACACACUUCUGUGAACAAUCUGGGAACCAGUUUUGGGUGAAUGCAAUGUACUUCUGGACUGACCUGCAGCACUACCAUGAGCUGUUCUACCAGGACGGGCUGGAUCCAUACAGAGUGCAGAGAGAGGCGCAGCUCCUUUACUCCACAUAUCUUUUCAGUUCUGCCAGGAGGAGCUUUGGUGUCGAGGAGGAGAUCAGAAGGGAGGUAUAUGAUGGACUGAGGCCUGCCUUUGAGGAGCUGUUUGAUGGGGUUGAAGAAUACACCCUGAACAUCCUGUUGGAGCCCUGGACACUUCUGGCUAACAGGGACAAGGAGUCCUUCCAGCAGGUGUGUGUGCACGAGGAGGUUCGCUGCAUUGAGAGCCAGGAAUACAGGGAACUCCAGAGUCUGUGUGAGGAAUCAGAGCGGCAGCUGAAACGGGAGAAACAAUGUGGGUCCAUGCUAUUUUCCUCACCUUGUAGUCCCUUCUCAAAGGGUCCCCAUGCUUCUGACUCCUGGUCCAGUGUGUCUCCAAAUUAUCAAGGUUACCGUUUAGGUUCCUUAUUUCGUCACCGUCAUGAAAUUGGGCACUUUAUGUCUUUCCUACAGAAUCAGGAUGCUAGUAUCCAUCUGACGUGUUGGCUGGAUCUGGAGCAAUACAGGAGGACUCCUCAGAAGGACAAGGCUAUUAGACAGGAGAGGUCGGCUCAUAUUGCCAAAAAAUACCUCAACAGGAAGUACUUCUUUGGCUCUGACAGUCCUGCCACAACACAACAACAGAAUGAUAUACUACGUCUGGCAGGUGGACUGGAGCGUCUGAAGCUGGACUGUCUUUCAAACCCAGUCAUCGUGGAGAUCCAGGACAUUGUCAGGAAUCACAUUGAGAAAACAUGGCUGCCUUUGUUUCUGUCCACGGCAGAGUUCACCGAGCGACAGAGACUCAAACCAAAGAUGCAGGCAGCAGACAGGCUCUCAGAGCACGUCUACCGUCGGUGCAGAACGAGGAGAGAAGCCUGGAAGGCUGAGGGCUUGUGGAUGUCUUCCUCUAAAGAGAUUCUGCUGUUUCGACGAAUCCUUCUCAACCCUGUCACCUGCCAGCAGUUUCAGCAUUUUGUCUCCCUGAAGGGUGACUUCCUGGAGAAUGAUGUGCUAUUCUGGUUGGAGGUGCAGAGGUACAAGGAUCUUUGUCAUUCACACAGCGAUGAGGCCACCAUCCAGCAAAAGAUCUCCACUAUCAUCAGCUGCUUUAUCAACUCCUCCAUGCCCCCUGCCCUGCAGAUAGACAUCCCUCCAGAACAGGCACAGCACAUUCUGGACAAACGCCAUGAGCUGGGUCCUUAUAUCUUCAGAGAGGCACAGAUGUCAGUGUUCAGUGAAUUACUAAAGUGCUGGCCUGAGUUUCAAAAGCUCAGCAGCAGCAUCCAAAAGGAGCAGCUCCUUCCUCUGCUGCAGGAGAAACGAGCCAAAUACAGAGCCAGAGUCCGGCGACAGAGGAGGAAGGAGGAGGAGGAGGAGGAGGAGGAAAAUGAGAGGAGGCGAAUGCAGGAAGAGCUGGAGAAACAAGAGUCCAAUUUGACAGAGGAGGAGGAGACAGAUGAAAAUGAAACAGAAGAAGAACAAGAGGAAAGAAGUGAAAGAAAGGAGUCGAGGAAACAGAGCAGAGUUCUGUUGACUCCCACACAGCCGGUGUCAUGGUCAUACUCCAAGUACAUGGCAGGUCUGAAGAGGGAGGAGGCGCUGCUGAGGAGACAGAGUCAGCUAGAAGCCUCCUUCUCCACAGUCUCAGACUCAUCCUUUAACUGCAGCAUCAAGUCAUCAAGCAGCAGGUACGACUGCCGGCAGUCCUCACAUCGCUCCUCCACCACAGACAGCAAACAGUGCAACAGAUAUAACAGGGGUGUAAGAGCUUGCGACAUGAAAUGAAACCAGUGUUGGAACUGACUUCAUGCAGAACAAACACAAACAGGCUGACUGACACCGUUACUGGAGGACAAUGAGUGAAAGCUGAGAGCGGAGCGGCUACUAAUAUGACGAUGAUGAGGUAUCAGUUUACAUGAUGUAAGAAUCAUCUGACUAU